AUGGCCUGCUGGACGCUCAUGCAGUGGGGCCUGGAAUCAACCCCAAGGGCCCGACUAGCACCACAGCGGGAGCUUCAAGGCAGACGUCCUGCACGCCCUCGGCUGCCGAGCCCCAACGGCCUCCCCCGCCCCCUCCUCCUCAGUUCCGGCUCUUCCCACGGCCCUCUCGCUAGGCCCCACUCCAGAAGGGGACCUGAGGGCUGCGAGUCCGGGGUCCCUUACCGGUACGCAGGAAGCUGCGCAGUCUUCGGCUGUUUCAACGGGCACAGGGCGAUAAUGUCUCACGAAACCCGCUGGUGCAGACGCCGGGAAAGGAACGGACGACCUGAAGCCAGUUGCGCCGCGGCCUCGAGCCAGAGGAAGGGCAGAGAGAAAACGUCAUCCGCUGAGGCAGGCGCCUGCGCAGUGGGCUCCCUACAGGUCCAGCGGUGUACACGACGCAUGCGUCCUUCCUCGCCCUUCCAGACGCUGUGGACCACAGCGGUGGGAUUAGUGCGCUUUUCUGAUGUCUACAGCUCGAUUCACCGGAGCCCUUAUAGGAGUGUCCAUUUUGACACAAUGCAACUCUAGCAGUCAUCUGUUCAAAAGCUGAUAUGUGACGAUUCCCUCUCCCUUGGAUGGUGUCAUUUGUUCAUAUUUGACAAACCAGCUGAGAUGCCAACCAAAUGUGUUAAGUUGAACCACUGUGGAACUCAGGUACCUAUGUGAUUGUCUCUGAGAGAUUCAGAAAUACUGCCCACUGGGGAGGUCAAGAAACUGAUAGCUUGUGCCACAUGGCAGUUUUUGUUUAGCACUAUGGAAGACUGCUGUUUUUUUCAAAUCCAUGUGUCUUUAAGAAACUGUGGACAAAUUUUUGUGUAUUUACUACAGCUCACAACUAUGGGAUAUUGUGCAGAAGCUAUUUCUGAUACAAAAUUACAACAAUGUGGGCCUGAUGAAAUUGAAAUUGGAGGUGACUGUGUUCGUCUGUCUGCCUCAUUGCCACCACCACCUCCAGGAGGGCCAGAGGUUGUGGUAGAAUUGAUUGAGUCCAGGCUUUUCUGUAGGUGUGCCUUUCAUAUUUCCCCUACAAACAACUCCUGGUCUAGACUUUCUUCUCAAGAAUUCAAAGAGGCACUGACACAAGAGACUUCUUUUUUAGAACUUGAUGGCAUAAACCUCAGAUUUGGGGACAGGAUAUUCUAUAGUGCUCCCAUCUUUUUGUUGAAGAAACCACAUGUACAAAGUGAAAGCCAAGAAUUUUUUGCAGGGUAUCGGUUGCAACCUGAACUGAGCACUAUAUCAGAAGAUGGGAAAGAAUACCAGUUGAGAAUAGAAAGCGUAAUUCCUAUUGCUUAUUUUGAAUUCAGUGAGCUUGGUAUGGAAUGCCAAAUCUAAUUAAAACUGAAAACUGUUGAUCAAGGUAAAGAACAACCAUGCUUAAAUUUGGCACUCUCUUCCUGUCACAUGGGCCUUCAUCAAUCAUCCUGUGAUAAUGGAGCCUAUAGCCAUUUUGUGUACUACACUACUCUAACAGAUUUUUCUUGAGAUGGAGAUAGAAUUAUAAACAUUUUGGUGGAGCCUAUAGUUAGUGAGGAUUUCCUGUGGAACAGCUACAUCCCAGACAGCAUCCAGAUCAGAGUGAAGGAUGUCCCAACUGUUUACUGCUGUUCAUUUACUGAUCCUCAUGUAAUUACAUUUGAUGGCAGAGAUUAUGAUAAUUUCAAGACUGGGAUAUUUGUGUUCUAUAAGAGAAUGUCUUGUGAUUUUGAAGUCCAUGUACGUCAAUGGGACUGUGGAAGCCUUCACUAUCCUAUAUUAUGUAACUGUGAAUUUGUUGCCAAGGAAGGAGGUGACGUUGUUACUUUUGGUAUGUGAAAUGGCCAUCUACAUUCAUCAUAGCCAUAUUUAUUUGUAAAAAGGCAAGAUAUAACCAGCAAUAUCAAGAUAAGUGAAGCUUACUUAGGAAGAAAAGUCACAAUCUGGUUUACUUCUGGAGCAUUUGUCCAUGCUGAUCUUAGUAAAAAGGGCAUGAAUUUAACAAUCAGGGCCCCGAGUUCAGAUUACAGAAACAUGUUGGGACUUGGUGGCACCUUUGAUGGAAAUCCAGAAAAUGAUUUCAUGAUAAAAACAGAAUUGAAAUUGAUAAAAAUGUUUAAUAGUUUUGUUACUUUUAUUAAUGAAUGGAGACUUUUACCAGGAAAAAGCAUGUUUGAUACAAUGCCAAUUGCUCUGACAUCGCCUGGAAAAACAUUCUAUUGCAGCUAUUCAGUGGACACUGCUUCCGUGCAUCCUUCUUCUAAUCUUCUGGACAAUGUUUCUCAAUCAGAAAUUGUUUCAGAUUGCAAAGAUAUUGACCAUGUGAGAUUCUCUUCUUUGAUACCAGAACUGGUUGUCACCUCUGAAAAUAUUAAUUCAAAAGCUCUUUUCAGAGGUAUGAGCAAGUAUACAUCUGAAGAAGAAAAUAAUUUGAAUUCCUUUCCUCCAGAAAAAAAACAUGUAAACCUAAUCAAACUAGACUUAAAUUUACAAACACAUCCUGAGAAUGAAACACAAGAGGCAACAGCAACUUUGGACGAUGGGAGAUACCCACAGGACCAGGGAAGCCACAUCCAAGAAAUGAGGUGGAAGCCACAAAAUAGAUGGAAGUGGCAAAACUUUUAUGUGUUUCUUCCUUUGUUUGCUUUUCAAAGUGUCAGCCAAACUGACCUAGAAAAGUUUGACUAUUUUUUUCCUGAGGACCAUGCUUAUGAUAUCCAACAAGAAUUUGUUCCUUGGCCCACACCUUCUGGACUCACUAAACACAACUCCUUGGCACUUUGUCAGCAAACUCUAGCCAACUCCAGCAUAGGAAGAUUUUGUCUUGCUUUACUUGGCAAGAGAUUAGACAGUGCUACAGAUAUGUGUGCUAAGGAUGUACAGUUAAAAGAUGAUCUUGGAUGGGCAGAAGCAGGUGUUGCCCUUUUAGAAAAUGAAUGUGAAAAGAGAAUUUUGGAAGAAGGAAUAUACAAUACAGAAGAACAUGGCUAGUUGACUGAAGACAUUCUCUUGGUAUUAAAAUGCUCCAAUUUAUGCAGUGGCCACGGGCAGAGUAUGGAAUGCUGUGCGUGUUCUCCAGGCUUUAGCUCCUAUGAUUGCAUGAAGUAUUUUGGGCUAGGUUUCAAAGAAUCAUCUUCAAUUCAAUGUGAAGUUACUAAACUGCAAGGUAACAGCAGGGAAUGGGUCCUUGGAGAACCCAUCUAUGCCCAUAUUUUUUUUCAAAAUAACAGAACUGUUGAUGGUCAGUUGCCCACUGAUGUCCAGCCGUCUGAUACCAUAGAUCUGAUGGGUGAGUAAGCAACUGUGAAGUGGCAAGUAAAGGUAUCUGAUGAUGGCAAUAGAUUUAGUAGUCCCAAAAUAAUGGUCAUAUAUGAUGACCAAGUUUGUGGUCUCCAUGCAAAUGACUCAUGUACUAUAAAGAGUGUUUUCAUACUCUCACACCAAAAAAACCAAGUGAUUCAAGCACUUCAAGGCAAAUUGCAGGCAUCUUAUGGGGAAAACUUUGUAUCCCAGUUCAAGGCUUUUGAUCCAGAAGGCUCUGACAUCCAUUUUAUCUUAGACUCCUGUCCUGAAGGAGCUAGUGUUUCCUCCACAGGACUGCUUAAGUGUAAAACAGAGUCACAAACCCUGAGAUUCACUCUACACCUUAAUGAUGACUGCAAUGCUGAAACUAGCAUCACGAUUGAGGUGACUGUGAAGUCCUGUGAUUGCUUGAAUGGUGAACGCUGUGUGUCUGAUAUUAUCAUUCAUUGCAGUAGUGAAAUAAAUAUUGGGGACAGUAAUGAUACAGGCAACGUGUAUACUAUAUUGACAAUUAACUCUUUUUUUUCCUUGAAUCAUACAACCUUUUGUAAAAUGUGCAAUUUCCACCCAUGUGGAAAAAGCCAAGAGUGUAUUGCCCCAGAUAUAUGAAAAUGUAGACCUGGUUACACUGAUUCUAACUGCUUAACUGAUAUAUGUCACCCUGAAUGUAAAAACUAUGGAAAAUGUACUAAAUCUAACAUUUGUCAGUGUCCUCCAGGACAUGGUGGAGCAAGCUGUUAUGAGGAACAUUGUAGCCCACCUUUUUGACAUGGUGGAUGCUUGGCUAGCAAUCUCUGCACUUGUCCUUACGGUUUUGUAGGUCCAAAGUAUGAAUUAUUGGUUUAUAACAGGCACUGUGAAAAUGGAAGUGAAAGUCUUAAACCAGAUGUUUCCCAGUGCAAGCCUGGCUGGUAUGGACCCACCUGUUCAUUAGCUUUGUGUGACCCUGUUUGUCUCAGUGGUGGUUCCUGUAAUAAGCCAAAUGGAUUUUUUGGUGCACAGUGUCAGAAUACUAUCUGUCACCCUCCCUGUAAGAAUGGUGGCCAAUGCAUGAGAAAUAAUGUGUGUACCUGUUGUGAAGGAUAUGCUGGCAGGAGAUGCCAAAAAAGCAUCUGUGAUUCUAUGUGCAUGAAUGGCGGAAAAUGUGUGGGACCAAACGUUUGCUCUUGUCCUUCUGGUUGGAAACAGAAACGAUGCAACACACGUAAGGAUUACUGGAAUUUAGUAUGUCACAAGCAUCCCAUGGUAAAAGUUGAUCAUUGUAAAAAUCUGUGUAUCGCAGCAAUUUGCAGUCCAAAGUGUCUUUAUGGAGGCAGAUGUAUAUUUCCCAAUGUGUGUUCUUGCCACGCUGGAUAUUCUGGAGUCAGAUGUGAAAAGAAAAUUCAGGUAUUUUAA